UCAAUAGUCUAUAUAGCUGACAACUGAAUCAUAUUUUGCCAAACCUACAGAACUAUGUAAGAUAGAAACUUAGAGUACAGAGAGUGACGACAUUCGUUAAUAUUACCGUGGAUUGUUUAUCGAAAAAGAAAUAACAAAGGUUCAUUGAAGACAGAAAAAAAAGGAAAAUGACACGGACAAAGUGUUUGUUUGCUGGCCUCGUUUUGAUGACCAGAAUCGCCACCAUUUUGUCACAGCAGUGCCCGAGUGAGCUUUGCCACUGCGAGAGGGGACACCCGGGUAAAGGCCGUAUAAUCAACUGUCGGUCACGUGGUCUUAGCCAUAUCCCUGUGUUCCAGCCCUCGGAUGAACUUUUCUACGAACUCACAUUAGCCAAUCAGGGAAACUGUGACAAUUGUAACAACUUUACACGCAUCGAUGCAAAUGCAUUUAAUGGACUAAAGAUCAAUGUUCUCCGUGUCGACAACAUCAAUCUGAAUUUUGUUUCCAACAACGCGUUUAACGGAUUGUUAAUGUACAUUGAAGAAAUUUCCCUGCAAGGCAAUGGGCACCAUCCUCCUCCCUACAGCGCCUUGUCCACUCUCACAAAUCUUAAGAAGCUAACUCUGAAGGGAUUUCAACAGAACUCGAUCACUCGCGAAAAUUCAGACUUCAGGCGACUGUAUAAUCUACAAGAGCUCGUGCUUAAGAAUAUGGAUAUAUCAUACAUCACAAAAGAUGCUUUCAAAGACAGGCUUCCAAACCUCAAAAAAUUACGGAUGGAAUAUCUGCCACUCGGAAGUCUGCCUGAUUCUGGGCUAAUGCCAUUGACAAAUCUAGAGGAGUUGAGCGCUGUGUAUGUGAACUUAAGACGAAUUCCAUUCGGAGCGUUCAGAUCUUUCAAGAAGUUGAAAGUGUUGGAUCUGUCCCAUAAUGCUAUUAACGACCUCGUGCCGGAUUGCUUUAAAGGGAUCGAACAUUCCUUAGAAUAUUUAGGCCUUCACCUGAAUUUGUUAGAUGCCACAAACAUCGGCCCAUUGGCGUCACCAAACUGGAGAAAAUUAAACCAGUUGAAUAUUGGACACAACUACAUGAAAAGCCUCCCACUCGGUCUGUUUUAUAACAUGCGGUCGUUAGAAUACCUUAACUUGGAUUCGAACAGAAUUACUUCUCUGGAGUCUGGUUCUUUACUAGGAUUGCGGAAUCUGACCUUCCUUGAUCUAUCCGGUAAUAUGAUCUCGUCGUUGGCUCCUGGGAUGUUUCUACAUACACCCAAACUCUCGGAACUGGAUUUAAGUGGCGAAAACACGCGACGGUUCAAUCUCACAUCUGAAGGGUUGCGAGGCUUAGAAGAAACUCUUAAAAAGUUAUACUUAAAGAACACGCCUGUGGUUGAGUCAGAAAUGUGGAGAGCAGUUCAAAAUCUCCACCAAGUACACACGCUGCAACUUGAUGGCACAAGGCUUACUGAAAUCCCGGACUUUCAAUUCAUACAUAACAGCUAUCUCGAGGAACUGAAACUGGAACAAAACCGAUUCAGUCGACUAAACGAGAAAACAUUUUAUGGGCUGUCGCAGUCCCUGAAGAUCUUGUAUCUCCAAGGCAACCAGUUUCGUACGAUCGGAAAAUGCGUCAUACAACAACUAGCGUCGUUAGAUACUUUAUAUCUGGGAAGUAAUCCGCUGGAUUGCGACUGUAGACAUCGAUUCCUUCGUCAAUGGAUUAUCGAUAGAAUUGCAGAUGAUUUUCUCAAUGAAUACAUAAUUGAAAGUUACUGUGACACACCUGGACAAUAUAAAGGCACGGCUCUCUGGGAAAUACCGGAAGCGGAACUUGUUUGCGAUCCUGCGCACGAAGAAGAAAUGUGUGAAAACAUUUCCACGGUUUCGACUCCACAAACAACCAGCCAAACAACUUCUUUCCCGACUUUAAAGCCGCAUACAGGGAAUGGAUCAUCUGUGUUCCGAUUUACAAAGAUAAUUGAGACGAGCAGUGGAAUACAUCUGGAAUGGACGGCCGAGGAAGAAAUAGUGACUGGGUUUAGUCUGGAAUAUCAGCUAUUGGGCAAAACAUCGGAAAUCAGGGCUGAGGAACUGCAUAGCUCUAAACGUAACUUCUAUAUCUCGCACCUGGAGAGGAACUCGCAUUAUCUUCUUUGUCUCAGAGUGAAUCCAAGACAAAGGGACCUACCGGACAAAGAGCAACGGACGUGCAUUGCGGUUAGAACACUUCCAUGAAUGUUUCCAUACAUACUUCACAUACCUAAGACAGAGUACUCGGUUGUUUACUGGGUUUAUCGCACCGACAGCAAACAUGACCGUCUCGAGAACAUAUAUUCUUGUAGAAGAUGGAGGCUACAUCACCGAAUAUCGAGCACCAUUUAUGUAAUGUGACUUGCCUAAGGCUAUAACCACGAUUUCAAAUGAUAAUCCAUUCUCAUAAAUCUAUGAGAGUACAGACAAUCUGUCGCGGUAGGGACCGACCGGACACUUGGAUCUUUACAAUGCCUACAUUGGUCCGGUACUGUUAAACAAUGGAACAGGAGACUACCCAGUACCGAUCAUAAUUAGAGUGUAUCAAUUCUCUGUUGCCGUAAUUUGCGAGAACAGUUUAUUGUAAAUCCAUCUAUUGUUUUUACUGAUUGAAUGUAUUGGAUGUAUAUAUCUAUUACCUGGUUACUUUUCAUUACAAUAACAUUAAUCGUAUAAUUCACAAAAAGCUAACCGAUCAGGGAUUUUUUUGCUAUAUCAUCUUAACCGCAGUCAAUAUUAAACGAAAAGCACUACAAAGAAAAAAAACCCAGAAACAAAACAAAAACAAAAACAAAAACGUACUUCAAAGCUCUGAGAUACUGAGAUUUUCACUUUACAUAUGUAUAUGUAACAUGUCGAACCAUUCUCGUAAACACCAUUGUAGAUAUCUUCAUGGUUGCAAUAAUUUUUUUAAAAAUUAACUUAUGUUUUUAUUUAUAUUAAUAUAUGUAAAUUUAUCAGAUUUAUGAACAAAUCUCAUAUAUUCUUUGUGGCUAUUGCGCGGCGUUAACAUUAACUCGGGGUUAAGAAUCUAAAGUUGUAAGUAAUUCCUAUUUUCGCCACACCCAUGUACAUGAAUCAUAACGAAAUCGAGUCCUCGGUAACGCCCAUUGUUUCCCAGCCUUUGUUUCCUUGACCUUUUAUUGUAAUGUGCAUUUAUUUGUAAUUCGUUUAUAUUAAAAUUUGUUCCCGUUUUCAACUGUUCCGACAUACUAUGGAAUGACUUUGUAAGUAUUUCUGUGAUAAAACAUAAUUGUGAUAUAACUGUACAUACAUCGUCACCUUUUGCAUACUGAUUAAAUUUGGUUGUAAAAUA